AUGUCCGAAGCCUACGAACGCGAGCGUCAGAACAACGCACGCCUCGACGAGCUCUCUUCCAAGAUCUCCGCCCUGCGCGGCGUGACCGUUGACAUCUACGACAACGCCCGCGCCCAGGAUGUCAUCGACAACACCUCCGACACGUUCUCCUCCAUGUCCACCUCCCUCAAGGGAUCCGCCUCGCGCAUGGGCCGCAUGGCCGCCUCCGGGAACAAGGUUGCCAUCUUGAAGCUGUCGGGCAUCAUAAUUGGUGUCUUCAUCUUCCUGUAUUACGUAUCCAAGCUGUUCUUCUGA